CCGAGUGGUAUGCCCCGCCCUGCCCCGCCUGCCCGCCCUGGUGGCCGUCUGGGGGCGAUGAGUCCUGGGAGAACCGGACGGAAGCGCCGCUGGGACUGACACGUGGACUUGGGCGGUGCUGCCCGGGUGGGUCGGCCGGGGCUGGGAGGCGGCCCCGGGACACAGCUGUGCCCACACCGUCUGAGCACCCCAAGCCCGAUGCAGCCAACCCCAGACGAGGCCCAGAGGGACAGGGCCGGGGACAGCCAGUGGUCCAGGCCCGAGUGCCAGGCAUGGACAGGGACGCUGCUGCUGGGCACGUGCCUGCUGUACUGCGCCCGCUCCAGCAUGCCCAUCUGCACUGUCUCCAUGAGCCAGGACUUCGGCUGGAACAAGAAGGAGGCCGGCAUCGUACUCAGCAGCUUCUUUUGGGGCUACUGCCUGACGCAGGUUGUGGGCGGCCACCUCGGGGACCGGAUUGGGGGUGAGAAGGUCAUCCUGCUGUCAGCCUCUGCCUGGGGCUCCAUCACGGCCGUCACCCCGCUGCUCGCUCAGCUGAGCAGUGCCCACCUGGCCUUCAUGACCUUCUCACGAAUCCUCAUGGGCUUACUCCAAGGGGUUUACUUCCCCGCCCUGACCAGCCUGCUGUCGCAGAAGGUGCGGGACAGCGAGCGAGCCUUCACCUACAGCACCGUGGGCGCCGGCUCCCAGUUUGGGACGCUGCUGACCGGGGCAGUGGGCUCCCUGCUCCUGGAAUGGUACGGCUGGCAGAGCGUCUUCUAUUUCUCCGGCGGCCUCACCUUGCUUUGGGUGUGGUACGUGUACAGGUACCUGCUGAGUGGAAAAGAUCUCAUCCUGGCCUUGGGAGUCCUGGCCCAAGGCCUGCCAGUGUCCAGGCACAGCAGAGUCCCCUGGAGACGGCUCUUCCGGAAGCCUGCUGUCUGGGCAGCCGUCAUCUCCCAGCUCUCUGCAGCCUGCUCCUUCUUCGUCCUCAUCUCCUGGUUGCCCACCUUCUUCAAGGAGACCUUCCCCGACGCCAAGGGUUGGAUCUUCAACGUGGUGCCUUGGUUGGUGGCGAUUCCUGCCAGUCUCUUCAGCGGGUUUCUCUCUGAUCAUCUCAUCAAUCAGGGUUACACAGCCGUCCCUCCCCUGCAGGUUACAGAGCCAUCACGGUGCGGAAGCUCAUGCAGGGCAUGGGCCUUGGCCUCUCAAGCGUCUUUGCUCUGUGCCUGGGCCACACCUCCAGCUUCUGUGAGUCUGUGGUCUUUGCAUCAGCCUCCAUCGGCCUCCAGACCUUCAACCACAGUGGCAUUUCCGUUAACAUCCAGGACUUGGCCCCGUCCUGCGCCGGCUUUCUGUUUGGUGUGGCCAACACAGCUGGGGCGUUGGCAGGUGUCGUGGGUGUGUGUCUGGGCGGCUACUUGAUCGAGACCACGGGCUCCUGGACUUGCCUGUUCAACCUUGUGGCCAUCAUCAGCAACCUGGGGCUGUGCACCUUCCUGGUGUUUGGACAGGCCCAGAGGGUGGACCUGAGCUCCGCCCACGAGGACCUCUAGCUCCCAACCCCACAGCCUCUCCGAGGACCCAGGCACCAGCAGCCCCGGGACAGAGGGGACUCAGUGUGUGGGACUUGGUCACUCCAUGUCAGACGCAUGAGCAGAGAGGAACGCAAACCAGUGUAGAGCCUGAAGCUCCUUAAGGAGAGUCCACGCCAGCUGGCGGGAGGGUGGGGUGGGCCUGGGUCCAGACCAGGCUCGCUGCUCUCUGGGCCUCAGUUUCCCCACCUGCCAGCAGGCUUGGCCCUGUCCUCCUCACAGGCUGGUGUGGCCGUUAGGGUGAGUGGAGUUAUUGUUAGUAGGCACAGCCUCAUUCCCACCACGAUCUGUUCCGCGUGGUCCCGCCGAGCCUCCCACAGUGCCGUGGGUCCCGCCGAGCCUCCCACAGUGCCGUGGGUCCCGCCGAGUCUCCCGUGGCUGCUGUGGGUCCCGCCAAGCGUCCUGCAGCCGCCAUGCUCUCCACAAGCCUCCUGCAGCGCCCGCCUGCCGAUGUGAGGCUGGCACCAGGCUGCAGCCUCCCCAACCCCAGCCCACUUUGCUAUGUCUCUGGCGGACUGUCCUCCGUUGUGGGAGCUGCCCUGUGCGCUGUAGGAUGCUUAAAGGCAUCCCUGGCCUCCACCCACCCCUUGCCAGCAGCACCUACCCUCCCUCCUCCCAGUCAGACAACAGCCAGAAAUGUCUCCAGACUCUGCUCAGCCUCCCCGGGUAGCCACCCUCGAGACACGACCUCAGAGUCUCUGCGUCUCCCAGCCUGACAGAGACUCCCAGGGCACGGGUGGGUGGUGGGUUAGAGACCCUGACCCAUCUCUGGGACCCUGGCGCCGCUCUCUCCUCCUGUGGAUCCCUCCGCACUAGCAGUGUUCUCAGUGGACAGAUGCCUGGUUACCCCUUGGGCCCUGCCCAGCAUGGCCGUGGCACAGGCUCUCGAACCUGCAUGGCUUUCCCAGGCCUGGUGAUUCUGCUCUCCAGGGACGGUUGGCACCUUCCUCGGGGGCGGGCCCCAUGCACCAGAACACACAGACCCACCUUUCUGGCUUCCUUCCUUCCUUCCUUUCUUCCUUUCCUUCCCUUCCUUCCUUCCUUCCCUUCCUUCCUUCCUUCCCUUCCUUCCUUUCCUUCCUUCCCUUCCUUCCUUCCCUUCCUCCCU